AUGUUUACAUCAGACAGUAAUCGUAGUUGUCCGCAGAAUUUUGAAACUAUAACUGGACCGGAAAUCAUAAGAUCUGAGGUUGUUUUUGCUCUUAAUAAAGCAAAGUCAGAAAAAGCCAUCGGACCAGAUAAGAUCAACGUUGAGCUUCUUAAACUUUUAGAACCUGAACAAGGUGAUGUACUUAUAAAUUUCUUUAACUCUAUCUAUAAUUCUGGUAAAAUUCCUCAAGACUGGGUCAAAUCUACUUUCAUAACUCUUCCGAAAAAACGAAACGCCAAAACGUGCUUAGACUAG